AUGGAGCUCUCGGAGGCCUCCGCGAAUGCAGGGAACCAAGCCCCGACAUCCACGGUGCCUAGAGCGGCUCUGCGUAUGCCGGGAUCCAAAUCUGACAUCUGCGGUACAGUGGUGCCUCGCAAGACGAAAUUAAUCCGUUCCGCGAGUGUCUUCGUCUAGCGGUUUUUUCGUCUUGCGAAGCAACCCUAUUAGCGGCUUAGCGGAUUAGCGCUAUUAGCGGUUUAGCGGCUAUUAAAGGCUUAUCGGCUUAUCGGAUUAGCUGCUAAAAGGCUAUUAAAGGCUUAGCGGCUUAGAUAAAGGGGGGGGGGGAGCUAAAAAAAAAUCUCAAGACUCGCAAGACAUUUUCGUCUUGCGAAGCAAGCACAUGGGAAAUUCGUUUUGCGAAGCACCUCCAAAAGGGAAAACCCUUUCGUCUAGCGGGUUUUCCGUCUCACGAGGCAUUCAUCUUGCGGGGCACCACUGUACCUGCAGGGCUCCGUGGAUGUCGGGAGGCAAGCCCCAGCAUCCACGGGGCCUACAGAGGCUCUGCGACUGGGCUCCAGCCGCAGGAGCUCUCUGAGGCCUCCACGAAUGCCGGGAGCCAAGCCGAUUGUGAUUCUGGAAGAGGACCCUGAGCCCCCUCCAAACAGUGAGUUUGGAAAUAAAUUUUUUCAUCUAAAAUACUGUCUUAUUUAUUUUAUAGUACAGUACAUGGAUUAUUGCCUUCAUUUUAUGGAUCAAUGGUCUCGUGAAACAGUAAAAUUUGUGUUAAAUUGCUGUUUUAGGGGGUGUUUUUUCGUCAUGUGGAACGAAUCAGUCCACUUUCCAUUACUUUCAAUGGGAAAGUCCGCUUCAGGUUAAGAACGCUUCGGGUUAAGUACAGACUUCCAGAACCAAUUAAGUACUUAACCUGAGGUACCACUGUAGUAAUAAUAAUAAUAAUAAUAAUAAUAAUAAUAAUAAUAAUAAUAAUUUGUACAGAAGUAAGGCCCACUGUGUUCAGUGGGACCUUUUCUCUGAUGGGAGGAGAGGUCCUAGGGAAUCUGAGCAGGACCCUGUGCUUCAGUUCUCUUUCUGUUUCGGAAUGUGUGAAUUAUUAGGUAGGUUCGUGUCAUUGAGAACUGAAUCUACUGAGAAGGUUAAAUCAUUAGCAGGAUUUUAACCACACUUGCGAAUUAAUGGAAAGUAUGGAUAAUUUGGAAGGAUAAAACUUGGAUGGUAUUGGUAUGCAGUUGUAAAUAUUAUCACUAGGACCAAUGGAAGAGAUGGGGAGGAAGUUGGGAGAUUCAGAGCAAUCUCAGUAUUUUGAUUUUGAUUUUGUUGUUGUUGUUGUAUGUUUAUAUUGGCUAAAAUCAUAUAUAUAUAUAUAUUAUAUCUCACAACUGAAUCUACUGAAUCUACUGCCAUCCCUAGUCACAACACUCUUGCUGCAAGAGACUGACUCAUCUAUAGCUUUGGAAAACAUAUAUUUUGCUCUCCGCUAUAUACAGUACCAGGGAUGCAGGUGGCGCUGUGGGUUAAACCACAGAACCUAGGGCUUGCCGAUCAGAAGGUUGGCGGUUCGAAUCCCCGCGACGGGGUGAGCUCCUGUUGCUCGGUCCCUGCUCCUGCCAACCUAGCAGUUCGAAAGCACACCAGUGCAAGUAGAUAAAUAGGUACUGCUCUGGCGUAAACGGCAUUUCCGUGCUCUGCUCUGGUUCACCAGAAGCGGCUUAGUCAUGCUGGCCACAUGACCCAGAAGCUGUACGCUGGCUCCCUCAGCCAAUAAAGCGAGAUGAGCGCCGCAACCCCAGAGUCAGCCAUGACUGGACCUAAUGGUCAGGGAUCCCUUUUCCCUUACCUUUACCUUUAUAUACAGUACCAACCUUUCCUUCUUCUUCUGCAACUCGUAUGCUUUUGUAGCAUUAGAUGCUGCAAAUGUUCAGUCUGAGUAAGAAAGGGGACUGGAGUAGUUGGGUUGGGUUCUGAGCUACCACCCUCCCUCUCUUCUGUAACCUCAAAAUGCAUCUGCCAAAAUGAGAAGAGGCAAUGGCCGUGGACGAUGCCGUCAUUCCAGGCUGAUGUCCCCACCUAACCUGUCAGAUGCAUCUAGCAAGGACUCCCUGGACCAGUUUGAGCAAAUGGCAUCAACUUCAGCAAAGAUACUUGAGAUACUUCCCAGCAUAGGAAAACGGGAAAUUCCGCCUGGGUCAAAGUUGCAAUCACCAGAAGACUGUGAGAAGGUGCUUUCUAGCUAAACCACCAUGGGAUGGUGGCUCCCAGCUCUUGCUUCUCAGGGGAUCAGGGUGGAAUAUGUUUCAUGUUAAUAAUAAUUCUGUAGCUGAGACCACAUCUUUGGAUAUUGAAGUCCUCAAGCAAGUCUGGCCAAGGUUGUCCACCAUGAGGAAAAGGUCUCUUGGAAGUGCUGAGAAGACCUCUCUUCUUUAUGAUUGCAUUGCCUGCCCCUUUACAAACAUGGCCAUUGGGGCACCCCCAAAACCUGACUUGCACACCCACAGUGUGACUUAUCUGCCUUGUUGAGAAGGCCGGUGGAAAGGACUCAAGUGAGCUAGCGUGAGGCUCGCUGUUGUCUUUGUCAUCUGCACGCGGGCAGAGGCUGUACUGCGCAUGCACGAUCACAUACAUACAUAAUUGCAUGCCUUUGUAGAAAUGUUCUUCUGAUUUGUUUUGGUUCUAGAUGAUGCAAUAACAGUGUUUUCUGGUCCAUGAGUUACCAUAUCGUGGCACUUCAACUGAUGGCUGUUUGUUUUCAGGUGGACAGUUUUCUUACACACACACAAAUGAUUUGAUAGAGGACAAUAUUAGCCAAGUAGGUGGUGCCCAUUGGACUGGUAGGGUGGAAGGCAGACAAACCAACUGUACCAAUAACAGGGUUGAGGCCACAGCCAAUAACAGGCCAGAGCCAACUAAUUCCAGUUUUGCUCCCACCUUCCUCCCUGCUGAGUUCUACAAGGGUAACACUAAGGACACAUGCGCAGCAUACAUUUAAAGCAUGAUGCCCACCAUGGCGUCCCUCAAAGAAUUCUGGGAGCUGUAGUUUGUUGAGGGUCCCAUCCCAGAGCCACAGUUCCCAGGCAGGUUAAUCAACCAGCCCCUCUUCUCAUUGUAGCUCUGCGAGGGGAAUGGAGGCCACAUUACCACAACUCUCAGCACCAGCCACAAUCUACGUUUCCCAGAAUUCUUUGAGGGGAAACCAUGACUGUUUAAGGUGGUAUCACAGUGCUUUAAAUAUAAUGUGUGCAAGUGCCCUGAGAUGGAGGAGGAGGAGGAGGACAGGCCAGCUCCCUGGACUGGUUGUAAAUAAGCAGGUAGGUAGGUAGGUUGGGGGGCUGGCUGAGGGUUGGUGGAGUGGAUCCCCAUUUGCCCAAACAGGCCAGCUUGCACCGGCCCAGUCCUUUGCCCUCCCAAUUUUGGGGAGCUUAUCCGCCAAACUGAUGCACGCCUCUUUCUCCCCAGGUGCCUCACGAUCCUCUGUCGUCCGAUGCAAGCCGGGAGCCAACUGCCCCAACACGCAGAGUGGCCUCCGCAGGCAACAUUCCCCCUUGUCUGCCGCUGAAGAUUCUGCUGCUCCCAUUCUAGAGCUGCAGAGUCGAAGUCCCUCCGGAUUUUGCCGGCACGGCAGAGGAGAGAGGCAGAACAGAUCAGGUAGGCACCCCGUAGCCUGAGCGUCACGGCUUCCUGUUGUGCCUUGGGUACCAAAAUAAAAUUUGAAAAAAGCCUUCCCUGCCCCAACAAGGCAUGAAUAGUUUAUUAUUGAUGAUGAUGAUGAUGAUAAGGUAAAGGGACCCCUGACCAUUAGGUCCAGUUGUGGCCAACUCUGGGGUUGUGGCGCUCAUCUCGCUUUACUGGCCAAGGGAGGCGGCGUACAGCUUCCGGGUCAUGUGGCCAGCAUGAAUAAGCCGCUUCUGGCGAACCAGAGCAGAGCACGGAAACGCCGUUUACCUUCCCGCCAGAACGGUACCUAUUUAUCUACUUGCACUUUGAUGUGCUUUCGAACUGCUAGGUUCGCAGGAGCAGGGACUGAGCAACGGGAGCUCACCCCAUCGCGGGGAUUCGAACCGCCAACCUUUUGAUCGGCAAGCCCUAGGCUUUGUGGUUUAACCCACAGCACCACCCGCGUCCAAUAAGAAGAAGAAGAAGAAUAAUUGCAUUUAUAUCCCACCUUUUUCUCCAAGGAGCUCGAGGUGGCCUUCUCAUUUAAUCCCCCAUAACAACCCUGUGAGGUAGGUUAGGCUGAGAGGAGGCGGUGACAAUCUCAAGGUCAGCCAGUGAGCUUCAUGGCCGAGUAGGGAUUCGAACCCUGGCCUCCCAGGUCCUGGUCCGAAACUCUAACCGCUAGCUCUCACUGACUCCUACACUGGACCUACAUAUUUUGGGAGUGGCAUAGCAGGGGAAGGAAGGUUGUGUGAAGAAAGACACUCCUCGCUCUGUCCUCCAUCCAGGCCCAGUUCAAAGACAAAUUCCAGCCAGGCAAAGACCCCUGUGGAGGGUGCAGAGAACGCCGAGGGGUGUGGUUUGGGGAGGGGUGAGGCCUGCAAAGAGCCCCAAGGGCAAGGGGCCUGGAGGGCUGCAUUUGAAUUUUAGACCUGAGGUCUACUACCCCUGAGUAAAGAAAUUAACCCAAAAUAUGGUGGGUUCGUAGCCCAGUGGUAGAGUUCCUGUUUCUUGUGUCCCAGGUUGAUUCGUACCCCUCUCUUAGAAUCAUAGAAUCAUAGAGUUGGAAGAGACCACAAGGGCCAUCGAGUCCAACCCCCUGCCAAGCAGGAAACACCAUCAGAGCACUCCUGACAUAUGGUUGUCAAGCCUCUGCUUAAAGACCUCCAAAGAAGGAGACUCCACCACACUCCUUGGCAGCAAAUUCCACUGUCGAACAGCUCUUACUGUCAGGAAGUUCUUCCUAAUGUUUAGGUGGAAUCUUCUUUCUUGUAGUUUGGAUCCAUUGCUCCGUGUCCGCUUCUCUGGAGCAGCAGAAAACAACCUUUCUCCCUCCUCUAUGUGACAUCCUUUUAUAUAUUUGAACAUGGCUAUCAUAUCACCCCUUAACCUCCUCUUCUCCAGGCUAAACAUGCCCAGCUCCCUUAGCCGUUCCUCAUAAGGCAUCGUUUCCAGGCCUUUGACCCAACUCUUGCGGAUGGGUUGUUUUUUUGGUGGGUACAAAGGAUGGCUGGUCAAAAUGAGAUGUGUCGUGUCACGUUGCAAGUUUGCAGCGAGCAAGUUGCAUCACAGAAGACUUCUCAAGUAGGACAUAUGAGCCCCAGGGACAGAGGUGGAGCUAAAUCGGAUCCCGGGGGGCCUCUGAAAGGCAGUUCAGUUUUGCCACCGAAGCAGCGAUGCUUUUUCUUUCAUUCAUAGGCAGAGAGAAGAGAAAGAAGAGAGAAAACCAGAGGAAGGACCCAUUUUUGAGAUUGUUAAAAAUUGAGAUUUGGACUGGGGGGUCUUUUUGUUUGCUUUUUUGGAGGAUAUUUUGAGUGUCUGCCUGUGUGGGGGUUUUUUUGGGAGGGGUAGCGGGCUUUGAUUCCUAUGUUUUGUUUGUUUUUUGGAGGUGCCGAUGUUUUAUCUAUUGUUUAGGGCGAGGAGGUUCGGAGCACAGUGGUACCUCGGUCUUCGAACGUAGUCUGUUCUGGAAGACUGUUCAACUUCCAAAACGUUUGAAAACUGAGGCAGAAAGGGAACUGAAAAAAAUUAUAUCAUUUACUUCCGGGUUUUCAGCAUUCAAAAACCGAAACAUUCAGCUUCUGAGGCGCUUGGAAACCGAGGUACCACUAUUGCCAGCUUUUAUGCUGUGAAAUGGGCGCUUUGUGGUGCCUGUGGCAGUUUCUUAGAUUUCCAAAUGUGCCCUUGGCACAUUUUCAACGCCACAGAAGGGGACCUCUGGCCUACUCCGACUGGGAGCAGUUUUCCAGGGCCUCCGGGGAGAGAAGGGUUUUUCUUGUCCCUUCAUGCUGGAGACGUUUUCAAGUGGAGGUAGCAUCAGGGAUUGAAGCUGGGAGCGCCACGCAAAGCAUGAAGUACACCCAUGUCCCGAACAGAAAGGAGUCUCAGUGGGUAUUCACUUUUUGUUGUUGUUGUUGCUUUUGAUCUGCAGGUGAUACGUAGUUGGCUGUCUCUCCAUCACGUGUGCUACGCUACCUUUGCGUUGAAAAGAAUAUGGUGGAAUAAGCGAAGUGACAACAUAAUUUUACGUAACGAAUUGCGCAAAUUGCUUAAGCAAUACGAAUAACACCAUUUUGGGCAAACUGUUGAAUCUGACCCUGGGCCUCUCCAGGCUGGUGGUUUUGUGUGGCAACGUGUCUCUGAAGCGAUGGUGAUUAUGCGUUAGUGCUGGAUUUAUACAGUGGUACCUCGGGUUACAGACGCUUCAGGUUACAGACUCCGCUAACCCAGAAAUAGUACCUUGGGUUAAGAACUUUGCUUCAGGAUGAGAACAGAAAUCGCGCAGCAGCGGCACGGCAUUAGCAGGAGGCCCCAUUAGUUAAAGUGGUGCUUCAGGUUAAGAACAGUUUCAGGUUAAGAACGGACCUCCAGAACGAAUUAAGUUCUUAACCGGAGGUACCACUGUACUGGACUGCCCACACACAAUAUUCUGCUUUAUUAGUUGUUCAACACAAGAUAGUAUCACCGAGGCAACUACAGUCAUACCUUGGUUGAUGAAUGCCUUGGGACUCAGAUGUUUUGGCUCCUGAACCCCACAAACCUGGAAGUGUUUGCGAACGUUCUUUGGAACCCAAAUGUCUGUUCUGGCUAUUGGUACUGGGGCCCAUCAGCCAAUCGGAAGCCAUGCCUUGGUUUGCGAAUGUUUUGGAAGUCGAAUGGACUUCCGGAAGGGAUUCUGUUCGUCAACCAAGGUACAUCUGUAUUUGUAAACAAACAAUAAAUGUCCAUAAAAAUGGCAAAAGCAGUUUCUUUCCUAAAUAGAUGUUAUCUUCAACAAUAGCAAACACACUAAAGAGUUUACUUGUAAUAUACCAGUGGUUCAGUGCUCAUUUCUUCUCUUUCCAAAAUAAAUUUUAUAUUGAACAAUUGCAAAUGCAGUAAUAAAGAGUCCACUUAUGAUAUAUCAGUGGUUCAGUGCUCAGACGUCGUUCCGGAAAUCAGAUGUUUCGUUGCAAAAGAGCUUAAUCAUCGAGCUUUGCAGUAAAUAAUAUACAAGAGAAGACAGUGUGUAAACGACUUAAAGCAGGGGGAUAUCUGUCUCUAUCUGCAUGUUUCCAUUGGUAGGAGCAUAGAAAGAGGAUGAUGUCCUUCAGUUUGAAGGCGGUUUCACUGCAUUUGCUAUUGUUUAGUUAAACCACAGAGCCUAGGACUUGCUGAUCAGAAGGUCGGUGGUUCGAAUCCCCGUGACGGGGCGAACUCCUGUUGCUCUGUCCCAGCUCCUGCCAACCUAGCAGUUCGAAAGCACGUCAAAGUGCAAGUAGAUAAAUAGGUACCGCUCUGGCGGGAAGGUAAAUGGCGUUUCUGUGCGCUGCUCUGGUUUGCCAGAAGCGGUUUGUCAUGCUGGCCACAUGACCCGGAAGCUGUCUGCGGACAAACGCCGGCUCCCUCGGCUUAUAGAGCGAGAUGAGCAUGUAACCUCAGAGUCGGUCACGACUGGACCUAAUGGUCAGGGGUCCCUUUACCUAUUACUAAGACAAAACCUAUUUGGGAAAGAAACUACUUUGUCAUUUUUAUGGGGGUUUAUUUUAUUUACAGAUAGUUGCCCUGGUGAUAUUAUCUUGUGUCGAUUGCAAUAGUCAUUGUACUAGGUAAAGGUAAAGGGACCCCUGACCAUUAGGUCCAGUCGUGGCCGACUCUGGGGUUGCGGCGCUCAUCUCGCUUUACUGGCCGAGGGAGCCGGCAUACAGCUUCCGGGUCAUGUGGCCAGCAUGACUAAGCCGCUUCUGGCGAACCACAGCGUCGCACAAAAACGCCGUUUACCUUCCCGCCGGAGUGGUACCUAUUUAUCUACUUGCACUUUUGAUGUGCUUUCAAACUGCUAGGUUGGCAGGAGCAGGGACCGAGCAACAGGAGCUCAUCCCGUUGCAGGGAUUCGAACCGCCGACCUUCUGAUCAGCAAGUCCUAGGCUCAGUGGUUUAGACCACAGCGCCACCCACGUCCCAGUCAUUGUAUUACAACCCUGUUUAUUGUUUUAUUGUUAGUGGUUCUGCAAUGCUUCCCUCACAGGCAGAGCUGUCUUAAGCAUAUGCAGCACCGGGGUGCAAAGAUCCGUCUGGCGCCCCCCCCCCCAGGUUGCCCAGUCCCAGGUGCGCAGGAGGGCGGAGCCAGCUGGCCACCUCAGCGUCUCGCUGGCUCUGUUGCCCCCAAACUCGCGGUGCAGUUCUGUCCACAGCAGAAGAGCCUACCAUAGUGCUCUGACUAACAGGCGGGCUCUUCCGCGGACUCAACUCUUGGGCCCUGGACUCUUGGUCUGGUAGCCCUGAGAGCCUGGCACCCGGGUGCCGCGCACCCCUAGCGCCUAUGGGUAAGACGGCCCUGCUCACUGGUACCCUUUUAUUACCACAGGUCUGCACCAGACACUGAGCUGGGGGGGCGCCAUCUUGAAGCCCGGUAACUGAGGCUCUAGGCCUUGGGAUGGAGACAUGGGGAUCUGGCAGGGUCCCAGAGUCCUCCCUUCUCCUUCCCAAAGCCUGGUUAGCAUCCUCUCAGCUUUGGGGAGGAGGUGGGAGGGCUUUAGAACCCUGCCAGAGCCUUUCUUCUCCUUCCCAAAGCCUGGCGCCCCCUUACUCACCAUUGGGAAGGAAGUACGAAGACUAGGAAGGAGGUUGCCAAAUUUUGAACUCAUGCAGGGUACUUUAGUACCCAAGACGACCACUGAUCAACAUCUGGAGGGGUCCUGUUACACUACAGCACAACGAUAGCUGGACUGGAGAAACAUCAACCAGAAUAUUUGUGGUCACUGGGAGCAGCCGCUGAAACCUUUUAACACCGGUCCUGAAAGACCUACAUGGGCUCCCAGUACGUUUCUGAGCACAAUUCAAAGUGUUGAUGCUGACCUUUAAGGCCCUAAACGGCCUCAAAGGCCCAGUAUACCUGAAGGAGCUUUUCCACUCCCAUCGUUCAGUACCAGUUCCGAGGGCCUUCUGGCAGUUCCUUCCCUGCAAGAAGGGAGGUUACAGGGAACGAGCCAGAGGGCCUUCUCAGUAGUGGUGCCUGCCCUGUGGAACGCCCUCCCAUCAGAUGUCAAGGAAAUACAGUGGAACCUUGGUUUUCAAACGUAAUCCAUUCUGGAAGACCAUUCAACUUCCAAAAUGUUUGAAAACCAAAAACUGAAAGCAGAAGCCUCAAAUCAAUAGGGAAACUCUAAAUGGAAGCUGCAUAGCACAUUUGGCUUCCGAAAAUAGUUUCAAAACGGGAGCAGUUACUUCCAGGUUUUCAGUGUUUGGGUUCCGAAAUGUUCGUGGAUGGAGACAUCCGAGAACCGAGGUUCCACUAUAAACAACUACCUGACUUUAGAAGACAUCUGUCAGGGAACUGACAUCGGAGCUAGAGGCGGAGGGGAGGCUCUCAAAUGAUGCUGGAGAAGGGCCCAGCAGGGAGAGAGGCAGCUCAGCAGAUGGGGAAGCAAAUAAGCGCAACACCAGGGAUAAAGGGGGGCAGAUGGGGGAAUCGGCGAGAGGGCUCCAGGACUCUUCACCGGACACCAGCGGGGAGAGCACGGGUCCUCCGCUACCCACGCCCUCCCUGCGCAGAAGGCUUCCGCGCAGGGAGAGUAGGAGGAGACUUGGCGUCAAACAACUUUUAUGUUGGAAAAGGUUUAAGAAACGCCCACUGACGGAUUCUGCUAGCGACUGAGGCAGCCACGAAGUGAAGGGCUGUCCAGGCAGAAAGGUUUAAACAAGGCAACAUAGCCAGGAGAGGCGGCAACUUACGCACGAGCAACCCAUACUCAUUACAACAUCUGAAGGCAGUCCUGUUUAGGGUAGUUCUUAGUGUUUGAUCUUUUGCUGUAUUUUAAAUAUUGCUUGGGAGCCACCCAGAGUGGCUGGGGAAACCCAGUCAGAUGGGUAGGGUAUAAAUUGUUGUUGUUAAAAGUUGCAAUAUUUCGGCAGGAAGUUAUGGGGCACACACUGAUUGAAGCAAAGCGGUAUGUCCGACCGGAUGGUCAGUGGUCACAUGCUAGCAGUGGGCGGGGCCGGGGGAAAGUGGGCGGAGCAAGCACUGCAAAUUUUGCUUUUGUACAGUAGGAUAGUUUUUGUGUGGACUCACUCAGAGCCUUCUCUAUGCUCUAUCCAAGCAAGGAGGACGCAUCAUCAUCAGAGUUCACUGACAUAUGCUAGUCAGACGGAAAACACUCCAGGAGAGCACAAAGCAGGGUGGGUAAGGGGUGUGGUCAAGGAGGGGUGUGGCCUAGGGAAAGUUCUGGGGGCCAGGCAGACAGACCUGGGGGGCCACAUUCCAUUUCAGAUUGCUCUUUGUCAACCAGUUGGAGGCUUCUAGGAGAAGGAGCCUGGGGGAAGACUGCCUUGUCUACUUGCCUUGAGGUCUCCUUUGGGGUGGUGCUGUGAAUUGGGCUCAGAGGGAGAAGGUGAGGAAACGGUGAUCGGAACAAGGGAGAUGGGUUUGGUCAGGGAGGGAGGGGUCCAUUGAGGCCAUUUUGACUGCACCCGACACCCCCCUCCAAAAAAAACACAACAACCCUGGAAUUAGCACUACGUACAAGCAAAGCAGCAGAGGGGGAAACAGCUGCCACAGGCAGAGAUGUAUGAAGAACAUACAGUGAGAGUGUUUGCCCCACCCAGGAACCAUUCUGGGCCCAGGCAUAGCACAAAAAGCCUUCUCUAGAGGCUUCAGACAUUGGGGGCAGUCACACAUAAUGCUAAACCAUGGUUUGUUCAGCAAACCUCAAGUCAUCUCACAAAGAAGCCUGCAGCUUUUGCCUUGUGCCUCCAUCUCAAGGCUGUCAGGCCGCUAAAGUGAUCCACGGUCUGCAGGUCAUCAGCAAACCAUUGCUCCAGGUCAUGGUUUGUUGCCAGAAAACACACAAUAGUUCAUCUACUGGGCUGGGUUCAGAUGUCCAAACAAACAGCGUUUGGGGUAAACAACCAUGGUUUUGCUUUGUGCAUGAACCAGGUUACUAGUGUGAACCAAAUUCCCAGAAUUUUCUGACCUGGUGAUGCUCGCUUUCAAUCAACAAAUGCAUCUGGUUCCAUGCCCUCUUUUCAAUACCAGCUGUGUGGCCUGGGGUUCCUCCUUUCAGAUAUCGGAGGUCUCAAUCCCCCUUUAACAGUCACCGCUGCCUCUUUUUGCAGGGGAAGACGGGACCCAGGGCCACGGGGAGAAUGGCAGCCAGGAGAGCCACGUUCAGACCCGGUGCGAGUCCUGUACGUCCACGUUCCUCAAGAUUGUCUGGGGAUUUCUGAUCAUCCUCUCCGUCUCCUCCUCCUGGGUCGGAACAACGCAGAUUGUGAAAAUCACAUACAAGAACUUUGAUUACCCGUUUUUCAUGACUUGGUUUUCCACAAACUGGAACAUUAUGUUUUUCCCAGUAUAUUACUCCGGGCAUCUUGCAACGGCGCAGGAAAAGCAAUCUCCAAUCAAAAAAUUCAGGUAGGCCUAUCAUUUAUUUCAUUCCUAUCCCACCAUUUUCUCCAGGGAACUCAAGGUGACUGACAUGGUUCUCCCCCUCCUCAUUUAAUCCCCACAAUGACCCUGUGAGGUAGAUUAGGCUCAGUAUACCUGAAGGAGCGUCUCCACCCCCAUUGUUUUUCCUGACAUGGAGUUCCAGCUCCAAGGGCCUUCUGGUGGUUCCCUCACUGCGGGAAGUGAGGUUGCAGGGAACCAGGCAGAGGGCCUUCUCGGUGGUGGCACCUGCCCUGUGGAACACCUUCCCAUCAGAUGUCAAGGAAAUAAACAACUAUCUGACUUUUAGAAGACACCUGUUUAGGGAAGUUUUUAAUGUUUGAUGUUUUAUUGUGUUUUUAAUCUUCUGUUGGAAGCAGCCCAGAGUGGCUGGGGCAACCCAGCCAGAUGGGCGGGGUAUAAAUAAAAAUUAUUAUUAUUAUUAUUAUUAUUAUUAUUAUUAUUAUUAUUGAGGCACUGGCUGGCUCAAGGUUGCAUCCAGUGAAGGUUUCAUGACCGAGUGGGGAUUCAAACCCUGGCCUCCCAAGUCCUAAUACAGCACUCUAAACCACUACGCCAUUCCGGUUCCAUUACGAUGGCGAGGAGUCUUCCUGGGUAGAAUUGAUCGAAGGCCCAUCUAUCAAGCAAACACAAAGCUGGGAAGAUGCUGGACUCAGGUCACACUUUGACAUUUCUUUUUGUGUUUGUCCACACCCUGGAUUUUAAGACUCCUGUUUUCUUUCCCUUGUGUGUGCAGGGAAUGCAGUCGGAUCUUUGGCGAGGAUGGUCUAACGCUGAAACUCUUUCUUAAAAGGACAGCUCCCUUUUCUAUUCUCUGGACUUUGACUAACUACCUUUACUUGCUGGCUUUGAAGAAGCUGACAGCCACGGACGUCUCGGCCCUAUUCUGUUGCAACAAAGCCUUUGUCUUCCUGCUCUCGUGGAUUGUACUGAAGGACAGGUUCAUGGGUGUAAGGGUAAUGACCUCCGCCAUAACCUCUCAUUCUCCUUCUCGCUCCCCAUUGUGGGUAGGCCAUGCGCCAUGUUGGCUUUGCAGUGAAUAUAACCAGAAGGGGCAUCAACUUUGGUAGAAAUGGUUUUGGUGAGCUGAGGGAUUUAACAGCCCCCAGGCGAUUCUGAAAACCUUGGGUUGCGUUCAUCGGAGUCAUUUUUAUGGAGAAAUCUCACCACCAGGUCGCUUUUCCUUGUGAUUCUUCCACAAGGAAGGUCUCAUAAAUGUUGCCCUCUGGUGAGGAAACUGAGAUACAACAAUGGGAAAACUAAUCCACUAAAAAUGUAUAUAUAUACAGUGGUACCUUGGGACGGGGUGAGCUCCCGUUGCUCAGUCCCUGCUCCUGCCAACCUAGCAGUUCGAAAGCACAUCAAAGUGCAAGUAGAUAAAUAGGUACCACUCCGGCAGGAAGGUAAACGGCGUUUCCGUGCACUGCUCUGGUUUGCCAGAAGCGGCUUAGUCAUGCUGGCCACAUGACCCGGAAGCUGUACGCUGGCUCCCUUGGCCAAUAAAGCAAGAUGAGUGCCGCAACCCCAGAGUCGGCCACGGCUGGACCUAAUGGUCAGGGGUCCCUUUACCUUACCUUGGUUCUCAAACGGCUUAGUUGUUAAACAAAUCGGCUCCCGAAUGCCAAAAACCAGGAAGUAAGUGUUCCGGUUUUGGAACGUUUUUUGGAAGCCAAACAUCCAAGUGCAGGAAGCUCCUUCAGCCAAUCGGAAGCCGUGCCUCGGUUUUCGAACGGUUUCAGGAGUCGAACGGACAUCUAGAACGGAUUACGUUCGAGAACCAAGGUUCCCCUGUAAUGCAAACUUAUUUGCAUACAACCGGGGUUGUAUCUUUCUUUAACUCCUCAGGAACACAUUUUUAAGGAAAACUAACUGGAAGGAUGACUGGAAAAUGUUGGAGUGUAGACAUUGCUAGUAGAAUUUCACCCUUAUUGUGGGGGGGGGGGCAGAGGCACUCACCUGACCUCCCAAGAACUGAGUCCCUUUUGCUUCUCUGUAAAGACCGGGGUGGGUGUUGGUAUUCUUGAGAGUGUAUGGAUCAAGGCCAUUGUGCAAAAUGAAGAAAUACAGCUAAUCAGCCAUCUGCCUUUUAUCUAGUAUCACCGAUGCCAAUAAGGACAUGGUGGGAGAUAUUUCCCUUAGAAUUAAUGAUAGUGGAAUAAUAAUAAUAAUAAUAAUAAUAAUAAAAUAAUAAUAAUAAUAAUAAUAAUAAUAAUAAUAAUAAUAAUAUCUGGCCGGGUUUCCCCAGCCACUCUGAGUGGCUCCCAAUAGAAUUAAUGGUAAUAAUAAUUUUUAAAAAACGAUAAAACAUCAGACAUUAAAAGCUUUCCUUAAGAGGGCUGCCUUCAAAUGUCUUCUAAAAGUCAGAUAGUUGUUUAUUUCCUUGACAUCUGAUGGGAGGGCAUUCCACAAGGCGGGUGCCAUCACCGAGAAGGAACCCUUUCGGAAAGAUUGAAAGAUGUGUGCUGUAAGGGAUUGUUUAAGAAGCAAAUGCUACCCAUCAGUAUUAAAAGGAAAGGCUUUCUUUAAAGCCACCGUUCCUGAUUUCUGUUUCCGUAGCACAACAAAGCCCCAAAUGCUCUCCCAAAAUAACCCGUGCAUCUUUUCAACUCGCGGCACCGUCAAUUAAUGUUUGCCCUCGCCAGUUAAAAUUGUCCUCCCAACGGCAAAUUAACUGAACGAAAGCUUUCGUGGGUUAAUCCGUUGAUUAAACCGAUCUGAGCUUCCUGCUCCAGUGUUUAUUCCAUGGUUCUCUCUGUCCAAUUUACUCUGCCCCUUAAUGAACACAAAUAUAAACAAGAGGAGGCAGAUAAGCAAACCGGUGGGAUGAGCCGAUGGAGGAGGAUGCCAUUCUGCCGCGAUGCAGAUUGAAGAAGCCAGGAGAUCUUUGCAGGGAAUUGAAAGGAGAGAGGGGCUGUUGCACUCAAGAUCAGCUUCCCAAAGGCAACUAGGAUUCUGGAGUGGAGAGUGUGGCGGGAGAAAUUUGGUUCCGUUUGUAUUUUAAAAUCUGCACUUCUCUGAAUUUUGAGGUGCAGUUCUGCAGCCAAGGAAUGUAGAGUAGUACCUCGGGUUACAGACGCUUCAGGUUACAGACUCUGCUAACCCAGAAAUAAUACCUCGGGUUAAGAACUUUGCUUCAGUAUAAGAACAGAAAUUGCAUGCUGGCAGCGCGGCGGCAGCGGGAGGCCCCAUUAGCUAAAGUGGUGCUUCAGGUUAAGAACAGUUUCAGGUUAAGAACAGACCUCCAGAACGAAUUAAGUUCUUAUCCCGAGGUAUCACUGUAUGGGGACACGGGUGGCGCUGUGGGUUAAACUACAGAGCCUAGGACUUGCCGAUCAGAAGGUCGGCGGUUCGAAUCCCCGCGACGGGGUGAACUCCCGUUGCUCAGUCCCUGCUCCUGCCAACCUAGCAGUUUGAAAGCACAUCAAAGUGCAAGUAGAUAAAUAGGUACCGCUUCGGCGGCAAGGUAAACAGCGUUUCCGUGUGCUGCUCUGGUUUGCCAGAAGCGGCUUAGUCAUGCUGGUCACAUGACCUGGAAGCUGUAUGCCGGCUCCCUUGGCCAAUAAAGCGAGAUGAGCACCGCAGCCCCAGAGUUGGUCAUAACUGGACCUAAUGGUCAGGGGUCCCUUUACCUUUACCACUGUAUACAAAAAUGCAUGUUUUUUUGUGAAAAUACCAUGCAAGCAUCUCCCCACAAACCCAGGGGUUAUGUUCCUGGUAACCAUGCGUAUAUGUGAAAUCAUAUAUGGUGGGGAACACCACCUAAAUGCCUGUAAACAGCCUCUAAACCUCUGGAAACCCUUGAAAAACUCUUUAAAAAAUCCGCUGAACUCCACCACAAUUGCUCCCUCCAAACCUCCUUUCUCAAACUCCAACUCUCCCCAGGUCUCAAAGGUUGGUGCACCUGCCAUGGCUAGCUUUUCCCCCACACUUCUCGCACAAUUCUUGCAGUUUCCCCGCUCUUUCUGGGCCAUUCUAGCCCUUUACGCAGCUUUCUGCAGCUUUAAAUCAAUUUAUUCGAUUGUUUUGCGGUGCCACGCGUUAUGCACGAGCUCAAGUGGGGAGACGCCUGCACAAAAGGGCAUUCUAGCAAGGGAAACUGCUUAGCAGAAAUGUGUGUGUUUGGAGAAUGAAUUUGUGCUAAAAUGCUUUUGAAGAUUAGAAAAAUUCACGGAGGCUAAAGCUAUAUUGUGGCUGCUUCUGCUCUGCUAGGAGGCAGUAAUGCGGCUGAACAUCAGUUGGUGCAAACCACAGGAUGGGAGAAGGCUCUCGCACUCGGGUCCUGCCUACCAGAUUCCUAUGGGGAUCUGGUUAGCCACUGUGAGAAAAGGAUGCUGGAUUAGAUGGACUAUGGGACUGGUCCAGCAAGAAGGCUCUCUUAGGUUCUCAUGGCUCUAAGGCUCUUCCCAAUAAGCAGUCUCCUUCUCACAGAGUGUAGCCCACGUUGACUCAUGCCUUCUUUUUCUUCUUCUUUCUUCUUUGGCAAUCCCUUGUAGCCGAGUAAGAUUGUCUUCCAUAAACACAGUUUUAAGAAUGAGUCCGUAAGUGACUGUGGAGGCCAGUUCUGGAUCCACACGUCCUUCCUCAGUGAGGACAUAGGUUUCCACCAGGAGUUGAUCAUGGUGAGGGUUUGCAAAGCAUGCCUUCCUCUUGGCACGUUUCUCCCUUGGGUCCUGAGUUCGAGUUUCUUCAAAGCCCAUGACACCUUUGGUAAGGGCUGUUCUCCAACUGGAGCGCUCACAGGCCAGUGUUGCCCAGUUGUCUGUGUUUAUGCUAUAUUUUUUUAAGGAUUUGCCUUGAGAGAGUCUUUAAACCUCUUUUGUUGACCACCAGCAUUAUGCUUUCCAUUUUUAAGUUGGAAAUAGAGUAGUUGCUUUGGAAGACGAUCAUCAGGCAUCCGCACAACAUGACCAGUCCAACGGAGUUGAUGUUGAAGAACCGUUGCUUCAACACUGGUGAUCUUUGCUUCUUCCAGUGCACUGGCAUUAGUUUGCCUGUCUUCCCAAGUGAUGUGUAACAUUUUUCGGAGACACUGUUGAUGGAAUCUUUCUAUUUCUCACCCAAAUGACAGUGGGCUAUCAUAAAUAGGCAAGUGACAAAGAUGUAGUAAGAUCUCAGAGGCUGCCUGCACAGUCGAGAAACACACACCAGCAACGUAAGGUUCCCCAUUCACACUGUGUACCUUACAAAGUCCUUGAUGAGUACUCCUCUUGCCCUGUUAGCCCCCAAAACCAUCAUUCCUUCAUCCAUUUUAAAAGACCGAUAAGAGAAACAAAUCUGGUUUGGGAGCAGCCUUGCCCAAAUUGCUUUUAAAUCUAAAAUAUCCUUUACAAUCAUAGAAUCAAAGAAUCGUAGGGUUGGAAAGCGCCAAAGAGUUAUCUAGUCCAGCCCCGCAAGGCAGGAAUCUCAGCUGAAGCAUCCAUGACAAAUGGCCAUUCAACCUCUGCUGUCAAACAGCUCUUACUGUCAGAGAGUUCUUCCUGAAAAAGUCCCUCCGCCAAAUUUUGUGAAAAGAGGAUAUGCGCUGUUAUAAUAAUAAUAAUAAUAAUAAUAAUAAUAAUAAUAAUAAUAAAUUAUUUAUUCCCCAGCCACUCUGGGCGGCUUCCAACAAAACACUAAAAUACUGUAAUGCAUCAAACAUUAAAAGCUUCCCUAAACAGGGCUGCCUUCAGAUGUCUUCUCAAAGUCUGGUAGUUGUUUCUCUCUUUGACAUCUGGUGGAAGGGCCUUCCACAGGGCGGGUGCCACUACCGAAAAGGCCCUCUGCCUGGUUCCCUGUAACUUGGCUUCUCGCAGCGAGGGAACCACCAGAAGGCCCUUGGAGCUGGACCUCGGUGUCCGGGCAGAACGAUGGGCGUGGAGACCUUCAGAUAUACUGUUACCAAGACAACCCCCUUGUUGUCCCCAUAGUCCACACCGGGUGGGGUGGGGGUCCCCAAGUGGGCAGUGGGGUUACCAGGGUGGGGAGUGCUAAGGGAUAUAAAUGACUACCAGACUUUGCAAAGCUGGUAUCGCAGGACGAAGUUCGUCCAUUUCGCUGAAUGAAUUAAGCUGAAUAGUUUCAACUGGAUUUUGAGUAAACAUGCAAUUAAUUGUUACUGUUCUGAAUUUUAUUUAGCCAUUACCUUCCUUAGGGAGUCCUGCAAAGCACUAUUCUGAAUAAGAAUGCUUUUAAAAGGGUAGGGUAAGGGGCACUGGGGAGGGGUUUGUGGAACAGGGGCAGAAGCAAUAUCCCAAAAAAGUUUGGGAACCACUGGCCUGUGCUUCCAUUAUGGUGGUCUGUCCCCACUCAGAGCCCCCUAUACAAAGGGAAAUUGAGAGAGAGAGAGAGAGAGAGAGAGAGAGAGAGAGAGAGAGAGAGAUUAGUUUCCGGGCCCAAGUCAACAACGUGCUGGUUUUGAUCUGUAAAGCCUUAAACAGCUCAGGACCUCAAUACCUCAAGGACCACCUCUCACCAUAGGAACCUACCCGGACCCUAAAAUCAUCUUCUGAGGCCCUUCUUCAUGUGGCCCAGGGGGUGGCAACACAAGAACAGGCCUUUUCUGUGGUGGCUCCCCAUUUUGAGAAUGUUCUCCCCAGGGCGGCUUGCCUGGGGCCUUCAUUAUAUAUUUUUAGGUGCCAGGUGAAAACAUUCCUCUUCCACCAGGCGUUUGGCUAAUUAACAUUAUAUGCCCUUUUAAAUGUGGGUUUUUUUGAGGGGGAGGCUAUUGCUGUGUUCAUUUUCUUAUUUUUUAUUAAGUAUUUUGUGUUUUUUACAUUGUGAACUGCCCUAAGAUCUACGGAUGAAGGCCUGUACGCAAAUUUAAUGAACAAACCAACCGACAAACUUCACAACAUCUCUUUCCGAGUGACACAAUUGCUCUAAAUUUCUUUCUUUGUGGAUUAUGCAGAUAGUUGCUGCAAUCAUGGCCAUCACUGGAAUCGUCAUGAUGGCGUACGCAGAUGGUUUCCAGGGCGAUUCGAUUAUCGGGGUCGCGUAUGCUGUUGGGUCUGCAUCGAUGUCGGCGCUGUAUAAGGUAAGGCCUUGCACACUUUCUUGCUAUCUUAAUGCUUUGAAGGAGGAGAGGAGCAAAAUUUGACCUGCAGGAGAGCAAAGCAAGUUCUCCAUGCUGUGAAGGCCCCUUCCUUCCUUCCUUCUCUUCCCUCACCUGAUUUACAUUCUGCGCCAGGUGCGUCAGGGGAAAGUUACGACGGAGAUAAUUACUUUUGUGGCCCACCAAGGAAUCAGCUUGGCUUCCCUUUAUCGAGUCUUAAUGAAAACUCUAUUAUUCCGCCGCGGUGAGAUUAGCAUCUCUGAGUCCCUCAUUUUCCGCGCCGGUGUUUUUAUCGACGCUCGCUGUGCAUGAGUGGGAGAGAAUGUUGAAAUGUCGAAGGAGGACCCCUCCGGUGAGAGGAGGAAGGUGUCGCCCACGACGCCCCUCUUUUUUGGAAGUCCAGCCUUACAAGGACGCGAGGGAUUCUUGCCACGAAGCUAACAGUCAAGAAACAGUGAGGAAUCAACUCUUGUCAAAAGUGCACCCUUACAAAGCUAGGAGAAGGCUUGUCCGCCAGUCCUCCUGGGUGGUACUGUAGUCUAAACCACUGGGCCUCUUGCGCUUGCCAAUCGGAAGGUCAGCGGUUUGAAUCACCGUGACGGGGUGAGCUCCCGUUGCUCGGUCCCAGCUCCUGCCAACCUAGCAGUUCGAAAGCACGCCGGUGCGAGUAGAUAAAUAGGUACCAUUGUGGUGGGAAGGUAAAUGGUGUUUCUGUGCACCCUGGUUUCCAUCACUGUGUCCCGUUGCGCCAGAAGCAGUUUAGUCCUGCUGGCCACAUGACCCAGAAAGCUGUCUGUGGACAAACGCCGGCUUCCUCGGCCUGAAAGCGAGAUGAGCACCGCAACCCCAUAGUUGCCUUUCACUGGACGCAAACGUCCAGGAGUCCUUUAAAGGUAAAGGUAAAGGGUCCCCUGACCAUUAGGUCCAGUCAUGGCCGACUCUUGGGUUGCAUGCUCAUCUCACUUUAUUGGCCGAGGGAGCCGGCGUACAGCUUCCGGGUCAUGUGGCCAGCAUGACUAAGUGACUUCUGGCGAACCAGAGCAGCGCACAGAAACGCCGUUUACCUUCCCGCUGGAGCAGUACGUAUUUAUCUACUUGCACUUUGACGUGCUUUCGAACUGCUAGGUUGGCAGGAGCAGGGACUGAAUAAUGGGAGCUCACUCCGUUGCGGGGAUUCGAACCACCGACCUUCUGAUCGGCAAGUCCUAGGCUCUGUGGUUUAACCCACAGCGCCACCUGCGUCCUUUACCUUUUACCUAAGUCUCUCAGCUUCUCCUAGGUGCGCACUCGAUGAGGCAGUUGCUGCCACAGAGCUGCAUGCAACCUGUUUCUGCUCCUCUCUCUUCAGUCCUCUCCUGGUCCUGGGAGACAAUGGGAGCAGGAGGAGGAGCUGUGGAAGCCCUUGACUCUAGCCGAGACUGACCUCUCCUUCCCUCCUCCUGCACCCAUUCUUCACUCUUCAGUCCUGCAGUUCGUCCUGCCUCUUCCUCUCGUCUCUCAGCUGUUUCUCCUGGUUCACUGAUCCCUCCUUCCAUGUCAGUCUCCAAUCCCUCUUCUCCCUGUGCCCAGCCAGUCCCUGACCAUGCCUCCCCACUUCAAGAGCUCUUUGCUAUCUUCUGCAAUGGGCACGACAAACUUCCAGCCUAUGAACUCAAAGCAGCACCCAAGAGCUGGCUGGUUUUCCCCCUGGACUCUCCCAGGUCAUGCCCGCACAGGCCCCGCCCUCCAUCCAGACCACGCCCCUCCACACAGGCCACACCCCCUCCUCACAGGCCACGCCCCUCACCAGCCCUGCCCUUGUUGAGCAGAGUGAGGUGGCCACUUCAGGUUGGAGCUUUUGCGCGUCCCAAAAGGACACCACAUUGCUAUUUCAAUGGGUAGAUAGUCGUAGAAUUGUUGGGUUGGAAAGGGGUUCCAAGGGUCAUCUAGUCCAACCCCCUUAAAUUUAACGUUGUCGCCUUCUUGCUCCCAGGAUUCUGUGCCUCAGGUGUCAAAAUAACUUGACCAGCUUUGGGGAAGUUGCACCAUGACUUUGGGAGGGAGGCUAACCCUUUGCUGUGCUGCCUCGGGCACCGAAAUAUAUUGAGUUACUCUGUUCCCCAGAGACCGGGGAGGUUGCACUCAGCCUGAACUUUUCCCCCCUUCCCCCCCAUUUAGGUUCUGUUCAAGAUGUUCCUUGGGAGCGCAAACUUUGGAGAAGCGGCCCAUUUCAUUUCUACCCUUGGCUUUUUCAACUUGGUCUUCCUUUCCUUUACACCGAUCAUCUUGUAUUUCACUAAGGUGGAGUAUUGGUCGCCCUUCUCGGCCGUUCCCUGGGGCUACCUGUGUGGAAUAGCCGGCCUCUGGCUAGGUAUUUAUCCCUGUUUUAUUGCUUUACCUGAAUGUUUACGAUUUGCACAACCGUCUCAAGGUGGCUGCGUGGAUGGUGGAGCGAGCUUGCUUUCCCUGCUGCGGAGGGCAGGAUCCGAACCAACGGAUUCGAAUGACGAGAAAGGAGACUCUGACUAAACAUCAGGAAGAACUUUCUGACAGCAAGAGCUGUUCAACAGUGGAACAGACCCAGUGCCAAUUGUCAGGGGUGAUGAGAGGUCCAACAAUAUCUGGUUGGUCGCAGGUUUCCCAUCCCAUUCGCUCUACGCGGGGCUGCCCUUGAAGCUGUCCCAGAAACUCCAGCGGGUGCAGAAUGCAGCAGUGAGGCUCCUCACGGGGUCUCUGCCAUGGGAGCAUAUUCACCCAGUGCUUUUCCAGUUGCACUGGCUCCCGGUGGAGUACAGGGUCAGAUUCAAGGUGCUGCUUUUGACCUUUAAAGCCCUUCACGGCCUAGGACCCUCGUACCUACGGGACCGCCUCUCCUGGUAUGCCCCACGGAGAGCCUCAAGGUCCAUAAAUAGCAACACCCUAGAGGUCCCGGGCCCUAAGGAAGUUAGAUUAGCUUCAACCAGAGCCAGGGCCUUUUCAACACUGGCCCCGGCCUGGUGGAACGCUCUGCCUCAUGAGACCAGGGCCCUGCGGGAUCUGAUUUCUUUCCGCAGGGCCUGUAAGACAGAGUUGUUCCGCCUGGCCUUUGGCUUGGAGCCAAUUAGAUUCCCUCCCCCUCUUUCUUUUUUCUUCUUCCUUUUUCCUCCUGUGAUGAGGCUGCAUUUUAAUAUUUUAAUGUUUCAAUAUUUUAAUGUUGUAUUUUAAUUUUGUUUUAAGUUGUAAUCAUUCAACUUGUUUUUAUUAUUGCUUGUUAGCCGCCCUGAGCCCGGCCUUGGCUGGGGAGGGCGAGGUAUAAAUACAAUAUUAUUAUUAUUAUUAUUAUUAUUAUUAUUAUUAUUAUUAUUAUCCCUGAUCUAUAUUAUUAUUAUUAAUAUUAUUAUUAUUAUUUGCUAAAUGUAUUCGUUGCUUUUUUCUUGCCAAAGGCAACUGAAAGCAACAAACAACUGACAGCCCACCCACAGAUCUGUUAAAACGAAGAAAAAAACAGAAAAAAAUAAUAUAUUUACUUCCUUGAUGGAUUACAUGUUGCAUAGUUCUUACCGGAGGGCUUUCAAGAGGGAGGGGCGGUAAGCUGAAGGCGACUCAUUUUUUAUGUUUAUUAGCUACGAGCUGAGAAAGGGUUGUAGCUCAAUAGUGGAGCAACUGCUUUGAGUGCAGAAGGUCCCAUUAAGGCUGAGUGAAGCAUGCGCCUAACUUUCAAGUCCCGCUCCUUUCGACAAAGGGCUGCAGCCCUAGUUCAUUUUGCUGGGGGAUAUGCCCUAUAAAACCCUGUGGGACUUUAGGUAAAGGCCACAGCUCAGCAAGAGAACAUCUGCUUUGUAUGCAGACGGUCUCAACCUGUCAGAGACGUUCCCCUUCUGACAGGCAAGAGAGGAAUCCAGAAGGGAAGGGGAAGAGCCAGAGAGUACAGUGGUACCUCUGGUUUUGGACAGAAUCCAUUCCGGAGCUCUGGUUGGAUCCCGAGGUUUUCACAAGUGGAGGUGCCUGUUCUGCGCAUGCACGCGGGGCAAAACCCGGAAAAAUACCGUAUUUUUUCCUCUAUAAGACACACUUUUUCCCUCCUAAAAAGUAAGGGGAAAUGUGUGUACCUCUUAUGGAGCGAAUGCAGGCUGCGCAGCUAUCCCAGAAGCCAGGACAGCAAGAGGGAUCACUGCUUUCGCUGCACAGCGAUCCCUCUUGUUGUUCUGGCUUCUGAGAUUCAGAAUAUUUUUUUUCUUGUUUUCCUCCUCCAAAAACUAGGUGCGUCUUAUGGUCUGGUGCGUCUUGUAGAGCGAAAAAUACGGUACUUCCGGGUUUGCCGUGAGCAUAUCCCGAAGGAUACGUAACCAGAGGUGCUCGUAAGUAGAGGUACCUGAUUCCUUCACACAGUGAAAGCGAGAUUUCUCACUCAGGAAUGCAGCCUGGCGGUUCUGAAAGUAACACAGAGCAGAGAGAAGAGGAUGCAACAGAAGAGGGGGAAGGGAUAGUAGGACCACAGUCUCCGAAAAGUUGGAGAUUGAGUUGUUUGGCAGAAAAGCGCAUGACAGGAAAGAGGUGGGGGGAAAGGUGCAGAGUAUCUUGCUUCAACCAGAAAAAGAAGCUAGAUCCGUCAACUGACUCUGAAGGUGACGAAUGAGUUCAUGAAGCUCAGACUGCUGAGCCCUGUAAUUGCUGAAUAAAUCUGAAGUAAUAAAGAUGUCAGAGGCUGCGUCUUGUGUGGGAGAGACUAUCAAACCUGACACACACGCCCCCCACAGCUUUUUAGACUUUCAAAUGGGUAACAUUCCCAACCCAAUCUCGAGAUGCUAGGUAAUCUGUUUGUAUCCUCCAUGAAUUUGUUUAAUCCUCUCUUCACGCCAUCCAAGGAGAUGGCAGUCACUUUCUCCAGUGGGAGGGAGUUCCACAGUCUUUCUUGACUUUUCCCAAACCCUUUCUUGACUUUUCCCAAAAUUCAAAGUCCCAAACCCUAUAACCUUUCCUCAUAGGUCGCUCCAUCCGAUUCAUCAUUUUGGUUGUCCUUUCCUGAACAGGUGGGAUUUGUCAUCCAGGGGUCAGCAAACUUUUUCAGCAGGGGGCCGGUCCACUGCCCCUCAGACCUUGUGGGGGGCCGGACUAUUUUUUUUUGGGGGGGGGGAAUGAACAAAUUCCUAUGCCCCACAAAUAACCCAGAGAUGCAUUUUACAUAAAAGCACACAUUCUGCUCAUGUAAAAACACGCUGAUUCGCAGACUGUCUGCGGACUGGAAUGAGAAGGCGAUUGGGCCAGAUCCAGCCCCCAGGCCUUAGUUUGCCAACCCAUGAUCUAGAAUCUUAGGAGGACAAGGCACUCUGGAAGAAAGAUUUAUUUACUGUAUUUUUUCCUCUAUAAGACUCACUUUUUCCCUCCUAAAAAGUAAGGGGAAAUGUGUGUGCGUCUUAUGGAGCGAAUGCAGGCUGCGCAGCUAUCCCAGAAGCCACAACAGCAAGAGGGUUGCCGCUUUCACUGCGCAGCGAUCUCUCUUGCUGUUCUGGCUUCUGAUUUUCAGAAUAUUUUUUUUCUUGUUUUCCUCCUCCAAAAACUAGGUGUGUCUUGUGGUCUGGUGCGUCUUAUGGAGCGAAAAAUACGGUAUUUGCCGGUUCUGAUCCUGGUGGUGCAGAAGAUCUCUUUUUCUUCUUCUUCUUCACAACCUCACACUUUGCUGUUUUUCUCCGCAGCUUUCAACAUCCUGGUGAAUGUCGGAGUUGUGCUUACGUACCCAAUCUUAAUAUCUAUUGGGACAUUGCUCAGUGUUCCUGGCAAUGCAGGUAUAAAUAAUGCCUUUUGAUCAAUGCAGUGGCUCUGCGUGUGGCCCAGGUUACUUGCUUAUUUAUUUACAUAAAAUUCCUAAACCACACCCCCUAAUGAAUUGGAAAAAAAAUGUUUAAAAGCACCUUUCCAAAAAAAAAACCAACAACAACCCCAGAGUCCUUUUUGUUGGGGAUAAUUCAGAUGGAAAUUCCCAGGUGUCAAAAAAGGUUAUUUAUGUAUGCCACUACUGCGGCCCGUGUAUUGUUAGCCCAAAAAUGGAAAAUGAGUGAGGUCCCAACCAAAGAAGAAUGGCAACUUAAACUGAUGGAAUAUGCGCAGUUUGCGAAUCUAACAUAUAGAAUAAGAGAACAAGAACAACAUUCGCUUAAAGAAGAUUGGGAAAUGUUUAUUGACUGUAUGGGGGGAAAUUGUGUACACUUGAAAACCCUGGCAGCAUUCAGAUAAAUUCAACAGUGUAAAUAAGUUUCCAUGGGUGUAAUAAUGGAAUAUGCUGAAUGAUUUAGUUUAUGUAAAAUGUGCAGGGAUUUAUGCUAUGUAAAAUGAACCAUGGAAAGAGAAGAAGUGAAGUCAUUUUAUUUUUUAAGGUUGUUUAAUGAAUAUUCUUAAUUGUAAAACAGAAAAUUUAAUUAAAAAUUAUACAUAAAUUCUAAUAAUAAGAAUACAUUGGGGAGGAGCAGGGCCGGAUUUAGGUUUGAUGAGGCUUUAAGCUCCUGAAGGUAAUGGGGCCCUUUAUAUGUCCAGCUGUCCUUUGUCAACAACAAAUUGUCGCUGCUUUUUGUGUGUUGAAUAUAUGCUAUAUGGUAAUUUAUGGACCUAAUAAGUAUCUAAAGCUAUUUGCACUUGCAGAAUGUAGGCACCCUACAUUCUGUACAUUUCUAUAUAUAGAAAUGAGCAAACCAGUGAUAUUUUAGGGAGCAGGCUAGCAGGCGGGGCCCAUGACUUACACCAGAGGAGCCGACACAACACAAAACACUGUUGCUGUAUGUAGGUUUUAUUUUAUUUGUUUUUCAUCUUAUAUUUUGGAAAGGUACAUCCAGGUUUUUUUCCCUUUAAAUUUUUUGGGGGUCCCCAAGAGAGGGGCCCCUAAGCUAUAGCUUGUUUAGUUUAUACAUAAAUCCAGCACUGGUAGGAGGUGGAAAGGUGGAACAUAUAUGUAAAUGAUAAUAAUAUAAGAACCUCUGUCUUUCGCUGUACAAAGACAGAAGCCGCAAGAGUCCACCCACUUUCCCCUCUGCCCACCCAUGGCAUGAGGCCCUCAGGAUGAGACUGCUCCCCUGACCAUAGCUGUCAACCUUCCCCUUUUUUGUGGGAAAUUCCCUUAUUCCAGCGCCAUUUCCCACUGCUUCCCACUGCUAUCCCGGAUUGUUAGAUAUCCUGUAGACUGUCCCUGGGACAGGUGAGGCUGCUGAUCCCUUAUUUUCGAGGCUGCUGAUCCCUUGUUUUCAAAUCUGAAAGUUGACAGCUAUGCCCCUGACCCCAUCUCUCGCUAAUCUCCUCGCUCCCCUUUUCUCCCCAGCUGUCGAUCUUCUCAAACGCGAGGUGAUCUUCAGCGUGGUCCGUUUGGGUGCCACCACCAUCAUCUGCCUCGGGUUCCUGCUUAUGCUCCUUCCGGAGGAAUGGGACGAGAUCACGCUGCGAUUCAUCAACAGCCUGAAGGAGAAGAAGGGUGAAGACCACCCUGAGGACGUCAUGGACUCCAGCGUCCACUUCCGCAGCAGAAGUCGAGUCAACGGGACUGUGUCUAUACCGCUGGCUUAG